GCGAACGAGCGAUACGAACGGAGCGACGUCGACGACGAGGACGAGGACGGCGACGGCGACGUCGGCGAAACACGGGUGCAGCAGACACGAACCGGAGCCCGUCGCGACACUGUUUCCUUUCCAACUCCAGCUCUGACAGCACGCACGUUGUUUGACGUUAAUCGUGUUUCGCGAGCGUGUGCAACCAUCGACGAUCGUGACACUUAACGAACGUUCAGUUAAAGGAAGAGAGGACUUGAGUACAGGAUCUUCAGAAGUGAUCGAGUUUCGAUAAACAGAUGAUCCGAGGGUGACGAAUAGCGGAUUCGCUGGUGGGUUGAUUGUUGUUCACGGUUGGCUUCAGAUCGGACAGGAUAGAUUCGUCCAAUCCACGAGGGCCGCGCGUGGAACGAAGGGAAGUGGGUUUUUGAAGUGCGGAGAGUGCGUCGAGUGUGCACCCCCUUGUUCGCGAGAGGGAAGAAAGGCACCCUAAGCGCGUUUAGGCGAAUACGCGUGAGGUUUUCGUUCAUCUGGUCGAUCCUCCCUCCGAGAGGCGGAGGGCGCCGAGGCAUCGAUCGCUCGCCAUUUUGCACGUCGCGACCGACAUCUUCUCCACGCAUCGACGACAUUUUCCCUCGUGACGAUCGAGGAGUGAAGUAUCUCGCGGACCCGCGAACCGAACGGGAAAAGAGUGUGCGCCGAGCGAAAGGAUUUUUUUGGUGAACUUGUUGGUUUAUCGAUCGCGCUUACACCCCGUUACGUAUUACGUUUUCCUCGGAGAGGAAGGGUGCGCGUUGACGUUCGAGUGACGGUAGAGAAGAAAUAGAAGAGGAGUAGGCGGUAGAGAACACCGGAAGAAAAUUUAAAAGAGAGAGAACAUAAAGGGGGAAGUAAAGGGUCGAACAGGUCGCAGGUAGAAGUCAGCAGGCUGGGAGGUCGGCUGAGCGAGGUGGUGGGUCCCGUCGUGGAGGAGGCCAUCGAGCCAGGGGAUGCGACCCCGCUGACGGGACCCUCGAGGGAGUCCUCGGUUCCUCGAGCACCCCCGCCACCCCCGCAUCGUGUUACCACUCUCAGACCUCCGAGACCUCCGCCCACUACGUCUCAGCAGUCCCACGAUUCCGGUCAACAGACCCAUAACCCGGGUCACCAGGUCCAGAACUCAGGUCAGCAGACCCACAACCCGGCUCACCAGGCCCAGAACCCGGGUCAACAGACUCAUAACCCGGGUUACCAGGUCCAGAACCCAGGUCAGCAGACCCACAACCCAGGUCAGCAGGUCCAGAACCCGGGUCAACAGACCCAUAACCCGGGUCACCAGGUCCAGAACCCGGACCAGGAGACUCAUAAUCCCGGAACCGCCGAGAACCCGGAGGCCUCGCCAAUUCCACAGUAUAGGGACAAUCCGGCUCAUAACCCCGGAAAUCACAACCGAAACACUGUUCAACGAGUUCCGAGAACACACCAACAGGAUCAGAAUCCAGCAUCGCGGGCCCUCGGGCGGCACAAUACGGAUAGCCGGUCAACGAGCCCUGCUGGUUCGGCUAAUCCGGGUCCCCCGAGCCAGAACCCCGGAAAUCACAACCGAAGCCCUACUCAACGAGUUCCGAGAGCAGGUCAACAGGAUCCGAACCCGGGAUCGCCGACCUCCGGGCGGCGCACUACGGAUAGUCAGUCAACGAGCCCUGCUGAUUUUUCUAACCCGGGGCCUCCAAGCCAGAAUCCCGGACCUCAACGCGAGGGCCAACACUUGAGCCGCCAACCCAGUCACCAAGCGACGCAGACGCAGCAGUCGUCGUUGCAGCAGCAGCAAUCGCAACAACAGCCCCAGGCACCCUCGCAACAACAACAGCAACAGGAAACGAGAACCAGCAGCAUGGGUACCGUGCUGUCGUUCAGCCCGCGUGACAGGCGCGAGUCCGUGUACCCGCCAACGGGUCACCAACACCCCACCGACUUUACGUUGAACAAUUUCAACUAUGAACAAUUGAACAACGCGAAGAAUCGCGAGAACAAGAGCGGCCUCGUCGCGGUGGCUCCCACGAAUCAUCCCCCUACGAACAAUAACUCAUUGCAGAACAACAACAUCAACCUGAACAACAACGAUAACGCGAGGAUCAUCUCAGAAAAGAACGCCCUCGAGAAAAAUCUGAAGAAACACUCGUUGUUCAUAAACGCGCUCUCGUGGAAACGAUUCAGCACGUCUAACAAUAAUAAAAAGAAGUUGGACAACAAAAACAAGAAUAUUGGGUUCAGGCAACCGCUUGAUAACAUUCCCAUCGUCGACAAGAACAAAAAUAUACAGACGCCUCAGACGAAACCGCCGGCGUCGAACAACAAUCACACAACGCACAACCCGACGUGCGAGAAGCUCGUGCAGAAGCCCCUACCCCCGAAGCCAAGGAAAACUGUGAUCCAAGCCUCGACCUCGGAAUUGCUCAAGUGCCUCGGCGUCUUCCUCCACAGGAAAUGCACACGUUUAAGAGACUUCCAGGCCGGCGACGCUGUCAUGUGGAUAAAGACCGUCGACAGGAGCCUGCUGCUUCAAGGCUGGCAGGACGUCGCAUUCAUCAAUCCCGCCAACGUUGUGUUCGUUUAUAUGCUGGUGAGAGAGUUGGUCGAAGGCGACGAGUCGACCGAGAGAGAACUACAGGCAACGGUGUUGACGUGCCUGUACUUAAGCUACAGCUACAUGGGCAACGAGAUUAGCUACCCGCUGAAACCGUUCCUGAUUGAGGACUGCAAGGAGAAGUUUUGGGACAGAUGUCUGCUAAUCGUCAACCGGCUUAGCUCUGAGAUGCUGCGCAUCAACAGCGAGCCUGGAUUCUUCACGGAGAUUUUCACCGAACUGAAGGCUUGCGGAGCGUACGACCGAGGUAGCCUGCCUGGUACAGGCCUCGAGCGGAGCCUCGUCGUCUCCGGAGUCGCGGUACCCACCAAGGCGGCUUGACGGAGCUACACACACCUGCUGGUGCGGAUCGACCGACGCAGACACGGCUGCGACGUCACGACCCUCUGACGAUGGCCAUCGCGACGACGAG